AUGGAAGUGAUUGUCGGUCUUACGGACCAAGCAGGAAAUCCCUCUGUUGUGGCGGCCUACGCUGUUGUGGUGAAAUGGAACCACCGACUACUUCUACACAAAAUUUGCGUGGCACCGGCCGCAAGAGGCCAGGGCAUAGGUGGACUAUUGAUGCUGAAGAUCAUUGAAGACUCGAAACGGUGGUCCUGUCGCGCAAUCGAUCUUUGGGUCGACGAAGCGAAUCAGGUCGCUAGGGGCCUCUAUUCUAAGUGCGGCUUCGUCGUGCAAGAAACGAUCAACGACUACUAUUCACCUGAAAACAGUAAGCCACUGUUGGCGUUUUGGCUCACCGUGUUUGUCGAUCUCAUCGCAGCCACCCCGGAACUCGCUUUCCCGCUCAAUUCUCAAGUUCCACCAGUUGCAUACGUAUCGCAACCAUACAACUUUGUAUUUUCUGCCGAUACUUUCACCUCGAACGCUCCCCAGAUCUCCUACACAAUCACACACGGCCCAAAGUGGCUCGAUCUUGACGGCCCUUCUCGGCUGUUCCAGGGUGUCCCAGACAGCAGCGAUGUAGGCACGACAACUUUGCAACUGGUCGCUUCAGACCCUACGGGAGAUUUAUCAACGAGCAUUACACUUGUUGUGCUCGAAUCUCCUACUCUAACACUCGGAACACCUCUGUUGCCUCAGCUAGAGGAAAGCGGCCUCAUUUCCCCACCAGAUUCAUUACUUGCGCAACCACAGCAGCCAUUUCGAGUUUCCUUUGAAAGGCAUACCUUCACUGGCGCCACGCCCGAUACAAGAUACUACGCAGUUUCGGCCGGCAAUGCCCCUUUGCCUCCGUGGGUGCAGUUCGAUGAAGAUCAGCUCGAAUUCUCUGGCACGACUCCUGCGUUGGUAUCCUCAUUAGCUGGGUCUCAAACGUACGGCUUGAGACUUAUUGCCUCGAAUGUACCUGGGUUUGCGGAAUUGGCCAUUGACUUUCAACUUGUUAUUAGCCGGAGGAUACUGGCAUUUUCAGCCGCCACGCAAAUUGCUAACAUCUCAACUGGUACUCGAUUCCAAACUUUGCCACUCCGGCCACUGAUCACACUCAACGGGGCUCCCGUCACUGACGAUCAGAUUGACAGCAUAGAGGCGGAUGUCCCAGCUUGGGCAGAGCUGGAUCGAAAGGAAUUGUCUUUAAGUGGUACCCCUGAUGGUUCUGUCAGCACUACUAUCACUAUCACGGUCACAGAUAUCUAUCAUGAUGUUGCGAAUGCAACCAUCUUUCUCGAGAAUACUGGAAGUUCAAGUGUUUCUCUUGGAGUUAUAGGUGUCGUCAAUGUAACAGCCGGGAAUUACUUUUCAUACAGUUGGACCUCUCCAGCCUCCUCUCCUUGGGUCCGAGCUGUCGCGAUCCUCGGUAAUGCAUCAGCAUGGCUUGAUUUUAAUGCUCAAACCUGGGCUCUCUCAGGGUCAGUGCCCCAAGAUCUAGCCGCACAGACACUCAAUGUUUCCAUCAUCUUUGCGAACGCAUCAACCAAUGCUACGGGAGACGUGAUUAUACAAGUCCUUCGGAAACCCUUCGCCACCGCAACGACACCAACGCAUUCUACGCCGCAACCAACAGUUUCCAGAGCUAGUGACACGAGCAAAGCAUCUGAGCGUGCAAUGAGUUCUCCGCAUGGCAACACAUCCAACAACCAUCUGCUACAUAUCGUACUGGCCUGUGUCUUUUCCGUUGUUGGAGUACUGCUUGCGGUUUCUCUGAUUCUGUGUUGUCUAAGGAGAAGGAAGAAAAGAGGAAGUAACACUGCAUCAUUCGAAGAGGGCUCGGAUCGUGCCAAUGGGCAUUCACAUCAGCCAUCUAAUCAAUCUGCACAAGAUGCCGAAACCAUUGCCCAUCUACCCGAUAACCCGGAUAUUAGCCCUCCAGAUCUAUCUACAACGAACCCUGCGCAGUCCACUGAGUGUUUGGAGAACUCUAGGCAGGGAUUAUCAAGCACAAAACGCCCACAUCCCCUUACGCAGCAUCGGACUACACAAGUCUUCACUCCUGGAAGAGUUUUGGCUCCCCAACUUGAAGCCAUUGAAGAAUUUGACAGGACGGCAAGUCCUGCCUUCGAAUUCUUGCCGACCAACUCGAGGUUGUCACUGCCUUGGGUUCCAGCAAUCCAGAGCAGAUCAUUGGCAGCAGGAUUGCAGAGCCAACAAAGGAACUCGACCAUCACUGCCCAGUCAAGCAUGAUGCCAUCCAUGGUGGGUUUGCCUGACAGAAAGAAUGGCGCCGGACAUGGUGGCGGCAUUCUUAUCCCCUCUGAUUUCAAUACAGAUCAGACGUCCUGGCGGAACACCUGGGCCUCUAAUCUAUCGAAUGACCGCAGAAGGACUACGCUGGUGUUGGAUUCAUUCCCGGCACCCCCGGUGGAUGGAGCGACCACUGCUAGGACCGGUGUUCAGACAAAGAGUCCGGCUCCCUCUAUGCGCAUGGUCCCAGAAGAUAGCAGUCAGCCUCUAUCAUUUGAGGAGCAGCGUCAAAGAUGGCAUACCGAACGGGCACGGGCUAGGUUAGAAGGGUCUGCAAGGUUUUCGAAUGCAGGCUCGGCACGGCUGCUGGUGUCACCGCGAUACAAGUGGGCUCGGAACACCGCAGCGCUGGCGGAGCGAAAUCCACAAACACCAACACCAAUGGCUAGAGAAUCCAAGGCAAUGGACGUCCACGAUUUUCCCGAGCCCUCGUGGUCGAUGUGGUCCGGCCUUGAGCAUGAGGUCGACGAAUCUGCUCAAGUCGGUGGUUUUAUCUCCUCUUACAAUGGCAACACGCCUGUGCUGAGGAAACAGCGCAGCAUUGCGAGCAGUGGGCAGUUUGAAUCGAUCACUUCUUCAGACAGCUACUUGGAGGACAAAUUCCCGUCAGCCGAGGAAACAGAACCGGAUGCGCAACGAGGGCCGUCUAAUCGCGGCUCGCAAUCCUCACCACGGUUGCCUUUAAACCUCAUCUCGCACUCACGAGAAAAUGUUGCAGAGCCUGCGCCUCCUCCCGUUCCUGUCCUCCCUCUGCUGCCUUUCAACCUGCCUCAACCGCAGCCAGCUUAUGCCAUCGUGUGCGAGGAGUACAUGAGCACCGUCACCUCCAAUUCCAGUCCCAAGUUGAAGAACUACAAGCAUGGCGGUGCAGAUGACUGUGUUUACUAUGGCCUCUCGGCAAUGCAAGGAUGGCGUAUAAGUAUGGAAGACGCACACGCCGCAGUUCUCGACCUACAGCCCGAGGGAAGUGGCAAGUCCAAACAGCCCUCCCCGCCAGACAAGAGGUUAUCGUAUUUUGGUGUCUACGACGGGCAUGGUGGGGAAAAAGUCGCGCAGUUUGCUGGAGAGAAUAUCCAUAAAAUUGUCGCAAAGCAAGAUGCAUUCUCCAAAGGAGACAUUGAGCAAGCCUUAAAGGAUGGGUUCCUCGCCACCGAUCGUGCAAUCCUCAAUGAUGCUCGUUACGAAGAUGAGGUCUCUGGAUGUACUGCAUCCGUCGGGAUCAUAUCAAAAGACAAGAUAUGGGUGGCCAACGCAGGAGACUCUCGCACUGUCCUUGGAGUCAAGGGCAGAGCGAAGCCGCUAUCCUACGAUCACAAACCUCAGAACGAAGGCGAGAAAGCCCGUAUAAGUGCCGCUGGAGGCUUUGUGGACUUUGGUCGGGUCAAUGGCAAUCUCGCCCUGUCACGUGCCAUAGGAGACUUCGAAUUCAAGAAGAGCGCCGACCUCUCUCCCGAGCAGCAGAUUGUCACAGCCUUUCCCGAUGUGAUCACACACGAAAUCUCACCGGAUGAUGAGUUCUUGGUGAUUGCUUGCGACGGAAUAUGGGACUGUCAAUCCUCGCAGGCCGUGAUCGAGUUUGUGCGAAGAGGCAUUGCUGCCAAACAAGAGCUACAGCUCAUUUGCGAGAACAUGAUGGACAACUGCCUCGCGUCCAACAGUGAGACUGGAGGUGUGGGGUGCGACAAUAUGACCAUGAUUGUUAUCGGUCUGUUGAACGGCAAAAGCAAAGAGGAAUGGUAUGAUAUGAUCACUGAAUUCCGUGGACCAGGUGUCCGACAUCAAUUUGAUCACGACAGUCCAGACGAAUACGAGCUUGAUCUAGACCACCGAUCUAGAGGGUUUGGGGGUCGGAGUGGUAGGAUCAUUUUGCUCGGGGAUGGAACAGAGGUCCUGACCGAUUCAGACGAUGCGGAAAUGUUCGAUCAAAGCGAGGAAGAUAAAGAUGCGGCGAACCAGGUCAAGAAGGGCACUCCGGACACGUCGGAUGUCGACUCUGCACGAAGCGAACGAGAAGGCACCCCAGCUCCCCAGUCGGCCGGUGACGGGACGAAGCCAUCAAGUCAGCAGGAUACCUUGGACAGCAGCAAAGACGCCGAGAACACAGGACCCGCGGAUGACACGACCCAGAAGGCUGCUGUCUGA